CCGACAUUUGCAAUAUUAAUAAUGUCUGGUCUGUCCGCUGAUGUAGCGAAUGCUUGCUCAUUAAGAUCAACAUAAUUCGUUCACGCUUUACAUUAAACAGGUAAAAUUCGCGACUUUAAAGAACUAAUUUACCUGGCUGUUCAUGAAGUUUGCGUUGUAAGUGUAACGUACAAUACAAAGAGUCAAGAGACUUUCCUAUUAAUUUAAAAUCCCAAAAAUGGCGGCGGGGAGAGCUUUACUGUUUACUCAAGAGCAAUCAAUGGUUGCCAGGGCAACUCUGACACGUCACUAUGGAAUGUUCGUGGAUGACGUCACACUGGGCCGCUGAUUUACCGAUUGGAACAUUUUAUUUCAUCGUCGCUUGUUGUGCGAGUAAUAUCAGUGAGUGAAUAUCUGUCUGAACGAGUUCGAAAAUCUUGCUUAAUCGUCUUGUCAAAAAAGACCAGAAAUUCAGUUUGAUAAUAUCAAACGGCUCUAGAGAGAUCACUCUCAGAACUGUUUAAACGAGAACUGUUGAAAGUCUCUGUAAAACAUGAAGAGUUCUCCUUUAGGAUCAGAGAUUGCUUUUAACAAGAAUACAUCUUUUUCAUCAUCAUCUUCAUCGUCCUCAGUUGUGGAUGAAAUGUCAGAGAUGUCGCUGAGGAACACAUCUCUGGACUCAUCCGAUGAUGAUUCCUCCAGUCACUGUACUGACAGGCUUGUGAAACAUCAACUGCUGCUGAACAAAAUCCUGGACCUUCAGUACAGAGCCCGAGAGCGCCAGGAGGAGUUUCAGUCACUGCUGGAGCGAUUUAACUAUAUACAGGAAUCGCUAGAAUGGGAGAUUGAAAAAGUGGAGAAAUCCAUGGUCAGCAUGGAGUGGCUGGAGGACUUGCAGAAGAUCGUUAAUGAGUUUCAGGCCAAUAUGGUGUACAAUGUGAGCCGCCUUCGAGAGAGCUUCAGAAAAAUGCAGGAGGUUGCCUCGAAAAAAGUUCUGACCGUGAAGGCAAAAGGUAAACCAGGAAAAGAUCUGGAUGCCAAAGUAGUUAAAAGCAUUCAGUCUCUGCCGACUUGUCCCACAGUUGCAGAAUUGAAGGCAAAUUCAACCGCUGCAUCAACGUACUCAUCAAACCUGAUCAACGCCUUGAAUAACAUCACCAAAUCAUCCUCCUGCAGUCCAGCCACAAGCAAGGCACUAAAACUAUUGGCAGCGACCAUUGAAAACCUCAACAAGGCAUUUCAAGAUCACUGCUUAGAAAUUAAGACUCUCAAGACACCUCAGAAAGAGAGAAAGGUGGUUCAAGAUGUGAACAGAGACGUCUUAGUUUCUCCUGUGCACCAAAAUGGAUCUGCAGGUCAGCAGCAGAAGGUGCAAAAAUUGCCUGCCUUUCCUGUGAAACCCAAGGCAGAUGAUUUUGGUUUCCCUCAGGUCAAAGAGCUUGUACGGGAGACAAAAGUCAAAGUGUUGCCACUAGAUAGACCAGUGGGAACAUUGGACACAGCUCCAAAAGACCUCCAGAGUCCGUCUGCUGAUGGCCCGUUUCCUCCUGGCCUUGCCAGGACUUUUGCUCUCCCCAAGAUCACACGAUCUGUUGAGGAGACAAAAGUUUCCACAGAGCAAAAGGCAAACGUCAAAUCAUCUGAAGAGACACGAGUUGAUGCAGAGACAAUGGAGAUAACAGAAACACCAUUUGAAGAGACAAUGGUUCAGAAAGACCCCCAAAGUCCAUUUCCUCAUAGCUUCCAUCGUCCGUCCCCCAUCAGAUCUUCUGCUCUUCCUCAGAUUUUGCAGACUGUUGAGGAACCAGAAGUUGAUACGGAGACAAUGGAGAUAACAGAGACACCAUUUGAAGAGACAAUGGUUCAGAAAGACCUCCAAAGUCCAUUUCCUCAUAGCUUCCAUUGUCCGUCCCUCGUCAGAUCUUCUGCUCUUCCUCAGAUUUCACAGUCUAUAGAGGAGACAAAAGUUUGUGCUAUGUCAGCGGAAGAACGUCAGAGUCUGUCUUCUGUCCACACCCGUCCUUCCUCGUCUGUGAAACUGCCCAAAAUUCAGACUCCAGUAAAGCCUUCACUUCAGAAGUCUGAGAAACCCGAGACUCGCAAAUAUGAUUCUGCAGUCUUGGGCAGCAUUGAGGAGCAGUACAUGAAGAACAGCGAGGAGGACGGAGACAAACUGCUUCAUACAAGCAUGAAAGACCCAUCGUUCAUAAUUGACAUCAAAGCUCAAGAAAACAACCUCCAGCAGCUGGAUCGAGCUUUUCAAAAUAACAACAUUUCCUCUGAAAUGUACGACCUGUGCAGAGGAACCGUCAAUCAGACACUUAAGAGUGUUGAGCUGCGUCUUGGAUGUCUUUUACGGAGAUAUAUCAAACAUGUCCAAAUGAAGCAAUUAAGGAAGACGCUCGAUGGAAAUUUCAAGGCGACCAGAAAUUUAAGGGAUGGACUGGAGUUCAAAAAAGUCCAUUCUCAGCUCUGCAAGUUUGACCGUUUCCAGCAGAGUGUGAACAAAAUCUGGGACGCCAAGCAAGCCUCCACCGAUGAGACACGAGGACUCUGCAUCGCACGGACGGCCCAUUUAUACCAGCAGGUGAAUGCGGUGCAUGGCCUACAUCUGACAGGCAUAUCAUUUGUGCAAAGGCAUGUAUCACUGCCUCUGCUCACUGUGACACCCGUGCGGUUCAGCUCUAAUUUGUGUCGAUCUCCUCCUCGUGGACCGCAAACUUCACCGAGCAGAGCCAGUCCAGCACGUCAUCCUCAAAUCCACCCCAAACCUCUGCACCACACGACCAGGAACACACCAGGCAGUUUACUGAAGAUCAGUCACAUUCAAUAAUGAUGGCCAGUGUCAACAUAAUGGCUCGUAUCUAAACCUAAGAACAGAUAACUGAAAUGUCACAAAAGUGAAACAAAAGCGAGGACGCAUCAGGAACAGACUCUGGAAAAACAGAAGCACCGGCCUGUAGACAUAGGAAGAUGGGUUCAUUUACAUUUGUUACACUGCACUGCUCAGUC